AUGAAAAAAGCGAGGAGGAGGGAGACCACAGGCACCAAUCAACAACGUGUAACGAAGAAAGAAGAUGAAAACGAUCCGUUUUCAACCAUUCCUCUCGAUCUGAUCGUAGAGAUCCUCCUGAAAAUUCCGACCAAAUCUGUAGCCAGCCUAGUCUUGGUUUCAAAACAAUGGCUAUCCCUAAUACGCGGCAAAGAUUUCAUCAACCUGUACAUGUCUAGAUCCUCGAAUAUGACGCGUCUUCUCUUCACAAUCUCCGGCACGUACGUGAGAGAGGAGUUCUUACAAACCUGCUCCCAGGUUGAUCCAUCUUCUAAUGAUCAUCGUCAUAGGUUAAACCUAACUCUACACCGUAUGCAUGUGUAUGCUUUUUCACCACCCGUCCGUGGUUUAAUCUGUCGUCAAAUGGAUUCUAAUGUGGUGAUUGCAAACCCUAGCACGGGUCAGUUGUUAACGUUACCUAGAGUUAAAACUAUUAGAAGAGGUGUAUUAUCAUUUUUAGGGUAUGAUCCCGUGAAUGAUCUAUAUAAAGUAUUGUGCAUGACGGUACUAGGAGGUGAUCAAAGAGGACCGCAUGUUGUGUCAGAGGAGCAUCAAGUGUACACUCUAGGAUCAGGUCAACGGAGAUGGAGAAUGAUUGAAUGUGAGCAUCCUCAUCUUCCUCCACCUCCUUCUUGUUUAGUUACUAAAGGUAUAUGCAUAAAUGGGAUACUAUAUUAUUACGCUUGGAUAAAAAAUGAUGGAGCCUUGAUAAGCUUUGAUAUGAUCUCUGAAGAGUUUAAUGUCAUUACGUUACCUGAGGAUAUCAAUUGCCUAGUGAGCUACAAUGGAAAGAUAGCUAUAUCGAGUUGGCCUACCGUUAAUGGUGAGGCUCACGUGUGGGUUCUAGAAGAUGCCAGUAAACAAGAAUGGUCAAAAGUUUCAAUUGUUGUUCCAUCUUGGAUAGAUUUAGUUGGAACUGAUUGUGGAUUCAGGUUCAGGGGUACACUUAGUACUGGAGAGCUUAUAUUUUCACCGACCAAUAUGGUUAAGCCGUUUUAUUUUAUCAGCUACGAUCUCAAGGAAAACAAUGCCAAGAAAGUUGUGGUUGAACGACUUGGAGAUCCCUAUGCUACUCUCGAGGUCUAUUUUGAUCAUGUAGAGAGUCCUAUGUUUCUGUCAAAUUAA